UUCGAUCUCCUUUUGCAGAAUCAUUUCCUUCGGUUGACCUCCAUAUCUGCAGACCCGACAACAACUUCAUCCAUGGCCGGAGCUUUGGUUGGUGGUGCUUUUCUCUCUGCUUUUCUUCAAGUGGUUUUUGACAGGCUGGCGUCUCCUGAUGUUCAGGGUUUCUUCAAGAAACGAAAAUUGAACGAGACACUGCUCAAGAAGUUCGAGAGUGAGCUGUUAGCCAUCGAAGCUGUUGUUGAUGAUGCAGAGCAAAAGCAGAUAUUUAAUCCCAAGGUGAAGGAGUGGCUUGAUAUGGUCAAAGAUGCCGUGUUUGAUGCUGAGGAUGUCAUAGAUGAGAUUGAUUACGAAGUGUCCAAGCGCAAGGUGGAAGCUGAACUUCAGACCCAAACCAGUCUCACUGGCAAGGUACGAAACUUCUUCAGUUCUUCUGAUAGUUCAUUUGAUAAGGAAGUUGAAUCCAGGAUGCAAAACGUUCUUGAACUUCUAGAACAUCUUGCAUCUCAAAAGCAUUUGUUAAAAUUGAUUCAACGUGGUAGCGGUGCUGGAUUGAGGAGUUCAAUAACAAAUAGGUUGCCUACAACAUCAUUGGUGGAUGAAGCUGCCAUGAUCGGUAGAGGUGAUGACAAAAAAACGAUUAUUGAAUGGUUACUAUCAGAUAUGGAUAACAGUCGAUUAUCUGUCAUUUCUAUUGUGGGUAUGGGAGGGCUGGGUAAAUCUACUCUUGCCCAGCUUGUUUACAAUGAUAGGAAGGUGAUGGAUGAAUUUGAGGUCAAAGUUUGGGUAUGUGUUUCUGAAGAGUUUGAUGUGUUCAGGGUAACAAGAACAAUUUACGAGGCAAUCACUAUGUCUAAGGACAAUACUACCGAUCUAAAUAUGCUUCAAAUCAAAUUGAUGAAAUUGUUAACUCAGAAGAAAUUUCUUCUUGUUUUAGACGAUGUGUGUAAUGAAGAUAAUGAGCUGUGGGAGGCAUUGCAAUUACCUUUGAAUCAUGAGGCUUUGGGUAGCAAAAUUCUUCAGACUACCCGCAGUGAAAAAGUUGUUUCAAUUAUGAAUUCAACUAAAGCACUUCCGUUAAAGCUCUUGCCAGAAAAAGAUAGUUGGCUGCUAUUCAGCAAAUAUGCAUUACGCGAUAGAGAUAUUCUUCACCCAAACUCUGACCUUGAAAAAAUUGGUAGAAAAAUCUGUAAAAAGUGCAAAGGAUUGCCUUUAGCUUUGAAAGCCAUUGGAAGCCUUUUGUACACGGAAGUAUCUCAUGAGCAAUGGAAUGACAUUUUGAAAAGUGAGAUAUGGGAAGAAAAGAGUGAUAACAAAAUUCUGCCAAGUUUGAGAUUGAGUUAUCGUUACCUUCCUUCUUAUCUCAAGAGAUGUUUUUCUUAUUGCUCGAUAUUUCCCAAAGAUUAUGAUUUUGACAAGGACCAUCUAAUUCAGCUGUGGAUGGCAGAAAAUUUUUUACCAUGUGCUCAUCAAAGCAAAGAUGCACGGGUAAUUGGAGAACAAUGCUUCCAUGAUCUACUAUCAAGAUCUUUUUUUCAACGAUCAGCAGGAGAUGAAGCGCAUUUUGUUAUGCAUGACCUUGUCAAUGAUUUGGCAAAAGAUGAAUAUGGCAAAUUUUGCCAUAGGUUGGAGUUAGACGAAGCAAGUAAUCUAUCAAAAUUUACUCGCCAUGUUUCAUAUUUGAGAGAUAUCUAUGAAACUCCAAAACGAUUUGAGGCUUUAUACCAAGCCAAUAGAUUACGCACGUUCUUGCCUCUCACCAUGCUAGAUUUUAACUGGGCACGCUGGAUGUCUACAAAGGUUAUACAUGAUUUGUUGUCGAACUUUCCGUGCAUGCGAGUUUUAUCUCUCUCAGAUUAUUCUAGCAACAUUGUCGAGUUGCCUGAUUCGAUAGGAAAUAUGAAGCAUUUACGCUAUUUGGACCUAUCAGAAACUAAACUAAGGAUAUUGCCUAAUUCAGUAUGUCAACUUUAUCAUUUGCAGACAUUGAAGUUGUGGCGUUGUUGGGAUUUGAAAAAGUUGCCAAUGGAUUUACACAAACUCAUUAGUCUGCGUCAUCUUGAUUUUCGAGAAACUGCUGUGCGUGAGAUGCCAAAGCAAUUAGGCAAAUUAAAAAAUCUUCAAGUGCUGUCAUCAUUUAUUGUGGGAAAAUAUGAAGAGACCAACAUCAAGCAGUUAAAAGAACUUGAUCUUUGUGGAUCGAUUUCCAUAUCAGAGUUGCAAAAUAUAGUUUCUCCCGUAGAUGCUUUAGCAGUCAAUUUGAAAACUAAGAUAUACCUUGAGGAGUUAAGAUUAGAAUGGAGCAUGGACAAUGAAAAAUCACAAAAUGAUAAGGAUGUUUUGGAGAAGCUCCAACCUUAUCAAAACUUGAAAAGGCUCUCAAUUAGCAGCUAUGGUGGUGAUGGGUUUCCGGACUGGUUUGUAGAUCUUUCACUGUCUAAAAUAGUGUCCCUGGAGCUGAGGAAUUGCAAAUACUGUUCCUCCUUGCCAUCACUAGGCCUUUUUCCAUAUCUCAAGUCACUAUCAAUUGUAGGGUUUGAUAGUAUAGUAGCUAUUGGUCCAGAAUUUCAUGGGAAUAGCUCUUAUACAACUUCCCUGGAAAUCUUGAGGUUUGGAGAUAUGGAGGCCUGGGAGGAAUGGAAGUAUGAAAAUAUGUCGCUUAGUUUCCCUCAUAUUCAAGAGUUAAGUCUAGAAAAUUGUCCCAAAUUGAAAGGGCACCUUCCUCCACAACUUCCUUCUCUAAGGACGCUAGUUAUUGUCAAUUGUGAGAAACUUGUAGAUUCAAUUCUGUUGGCUUCAUCUCUUCAUAAAUUGGUCCUGAGACAUUACGGAAAGGAGGAGAUGGAAUGUGUUCCAUCAACUCUGAAAGUUCUUGAGCUUUCUGGAUGUUUUGCAGAAAUCUUAUCAAUUGAAAAAAUUGAGAAUGCAAUUGCCAAUUCCUGCCUUGAGGAGUUGAAUUUUGGGGAUUGUCCUCGCCUGAAAUUCCCAUUGCGCUACUGUCAUAACUUCGUUGUUGAAAUGGAGAUAAGAGGAAGAUGCGACUGUCUUGUGUCUUUUCCACUGGAUUUUUUUCCCAAUCUUCAGAUAUUGCGGCUGAGGGAUUGUAAUAAUCUUGAAAUGAUAUCUAUUUCAGAACGAUACCAUCACUCGCUUGCAAGAUUAGACAUAGAGAAGUGUCCAAAAUUUGUAUCAUUUCCCAAAGGAGGGUUUUUGGCCCCCAAAUUAAUUGUCUGUCUCUUCGAAGAAUUGGAGAAUUUGAAAUCACUGCCUGAGUGGAUGCACACUCUCUUCUGCUCACUCAAACAUCUAGUACUAAGACGCUGCCCACGAGUGGAAUCAUUACCUGAGGGAGAUCACUUGGCAAUUGGAGAUACAAACGACGAGUCUCUUCCUGAUGUAGGACUACUACCCCCUUCUCUUAAUUCCCUUUGGUUCUCAAAUUGCCCAAAUCUCAGAACGUUGGAACACAAAGGUCUUUGCCACUUGUCCUCUCUCAAACACUUGCAUUUUAUUGACUGUCCUAAACUCCAAUACUUGCCGAAGGAAGGAUCGUCGGCUGACCUCCAUUUCUGCAGACGCACAGCAACUUCGGCCAUGGCGGGAGCCUUGGUUGGUGGUGCUUUUAUCUCAGCUUUUCUUCAGGUAGCUUUUUACAGGUUGGCUUCUCUUAAUACUCUGAAUCUCUUCAAGAAACGAAAAUUCAACGAGAAAUUGACAUGCAGCCAUGAAAACAUUAGAAUGUGA